AUGGUAUACGGUAUGGGAUCUAAUUACUGGGGAUCUCUUGGAUUGGGAGGCAAUGACCAUCGGAGCGAACCGCAAGUCAUCCCAGAGUUGUGUCACCAGAAUAUUCAGCGCUUUCUUACGGGACAUCAAUUGGUUUUGGCUAUAAAUGAUAGGAACUGUAUUUAUUGUUGGUGUCAACCCCUGGGCUCACAUUUGUCGGCACUUAUGAAAUGCGAAAAACCGGUCAAAGUAUUUCAAAUGGAUUUCAUGGGAUUCAUAGACCGAGAAAAUAAUGGUUUGUUUCGAAAUCAUGAGAAAAUCUGCGAAAUAAGUUGCGGUAUGUAUCACAUACUGGCCCUCACUAGUGAUGGCGAUGUCUACGGAUGGGGUGACAAUAGAUCCGCACAAUUAGGUUGUGGUGACUCUUCGGUCAUUCAAUAUGAGCCCAAAAAACUGCAUUUCAAAAAUAAUCCUUCAAAUGAUAGUCCAAUUGAUUGGAUCGAUAGAUUUGAUAGGCUGUGUCCCAUAGGAAAGGGAUCCUUUGGUGAGGUGUGGAAAGUGAAGGAUAAAUCUGAUGGAAGAGAAUAUGCCGAUGAGUCGGAUUCAAGAGUUGUGAUCAAAACAUUGGCUAAAUUGACCGCAGAAUUGGAUAAUUCACUGAAAGUGAACUCACAAUAUGUGGUCAAUUGUUUGGGUUCGUGGGUCGACAGCACUACUUAUUACAUUCAAAUGGAGUUGUGUUCCGAUAGUCUACAGAAUAUUCUUACACUUAAACCACAAGUAUUUGGUCGACAACCGGGAGAACCCAUGAAUUCAAUCGAGUUUUACAUUUCGUGUCAUAUAUUCAAAGAGAUCUUAGAGUGCGUC